GAACCAACCAACCUCAAUGAGUGAUACAAGUGCAACAGUCAUGGUUCACAAUACUUUGCAACCUCAGAAUGACUAUCCAAUGCAAGAAGGCAACAUUCUUAAUGGGCCAUUGCCAGCCAGCACAAAUUAUAAUCUGAUAAAUCCACUACACAUAGCAGAUGCAGGUGGUGGUCUAAACCUGGAAACAGUGUUGGAUCAAUCAAUGGAAAUGUCUGACAGCUCAGCCGAUAAUCACAAUACUACUAGUGGUAUUUCUGGACUUGAUCACAACUUGUCCUCAGAUGAUCUGUCGCCACAUGAAGAUGAGUACUUUCACCUGAGUGUCGAGCCGGAAAGAGUUCCUCUACAGGGUGGUAAAUUCUGUCGUUUUUCGUUUGGUCGAGCGCUUCCCGGGAAUGUGCAGUCUGCAUUAGCUAUCUUCGAGAAUCUAGACACUGUUGAAGUUGAGAGGUGCGGCGGAGACUCCCUUGUUGGAAAGAAAAUUCCACCUUCCAAAGAAGCAGGAGUGGUUAGAGUAUUUUUACGACGAGCAGAUGGUACCAAGCGAGGCGAAACGGAAAUUGAGUACUACAAUGAAAGAAAAGAAAUUCUUCAACGGAUAACUAGUGACCCGGUGUUACAGGCGGAUAUUUUUCAAUAUCUUUCUGAGAAGUUGAGGAAUAGUAACACUACAACAGCCAGUGUCGCUGAAGCACAAAACUCUGGAAUUUUUGGUUCCACAGAACCUGUGCAGAUGCUAUGCGUCUUAGUUUACGCUGCAGCAGAAAUUGGUGGUCAACAAUUCAUUGAAAUGAUCUUCAACUCGUCCGCCGGAAGAGUAGUUUAUGAUCGUUACAAAGACAGCUCAGCUCUUCCCGAAGCUAUUGCCAGGGAGUAUGGGCACGAGAAGACAGCUACUUUUCUUGAGGAGAUAACUAGCAGAUUUUCCAAAGAGGCUAGUGAAGCCCAAAACUACCCCCAGACAAUCGAUUGGUCUGAGCUUGUGAGAGCUGCAGAGGAAGCACAAAAGCAGCCCGGCCUCAACACUGAAGAAGAGAGCAAUCAUCUUGAGAUUAAUGUUGUAAAGGACACUGGUUAUUUAGGAGACAUAGACACCUCUUCCAACGAAACUUGCGAGAGUGGAAGCUCCGAGUCUGAAGAUAAUAUUCCUUGGGCGACUUCUAAAGAAAUGAAUUACCAAGCAGAUGAGCUCAGCGAAAUUGCAUCGGCAUAUGAAGAUCAGGAAUUUGGAAUCAAGAAGGCAGCUGUGAGUCAAAGUCUGAUGUAUAUUUGUGGGACUGGACAUUUUAAGAGAGAAAAAGUAAAUUCUACAGUGUCCAAGAAAGUUGUGUUACCGACCUUAGAAGGAUGGCAACUCUCCCUCUUCCAAGAUAGCUUCAUUCGUGAGGCGUCCGGCUUGAAACACCUGAGAAGUCUCAAUCGAUGUGAUACUUCGUUUUUCCUGGGCCCAGAGCAGGAAAGUAUUCAAUAUCGUAUAAUCACGGAGUAUGAGAAGUGGUGCCUCCUGUUUAAAUACAUGAAAUACAGCCGGUUACACAGUCGGAAGUUCGCAGCUGAAGGUGGACAGUUUGUAGAAAAAUUUAAUCAGGAAACCCAAGCUGUUAUGAUGGGAGCCUCCUUUGGCUGCACUGAAGACCUUCUUCGUAUACAAUCAACUAGAGAACUCGUUACAACGUCAGAUAAUCCGGGGUUAGCUGUUCAAUGGAAUUUGACUCAAGGGUCAACAAAACAUUGCACUUCUUCCGAUUUAUGGGUGUUGACUUGUCUGUGCCGUCCUGCGAGGAACAUUUUGUUUGUGUAUGUUGCAGACAACGGUGAUGUUUUGCCUCAAAAAGCGUAUUUCGAUGAUGACAGAUACGAGUUGUCAAUCCAGUACUGGCAGUGGCAGAGAUACUGCAGCAGUUUGUUUGAUGUCCAAAAUAGGCUACAAGAAAUGCGAAAACUAUCAGAGGAAAUGAGACCAGAAUUCGGCCCAACCCCUCUUCCUACAUACAACGCAAAGAUGUUGCCUCAAGUGCAAGACAAACACAUGAUACGCCAGCCUGAAUGCUGUCCUACUUGGUUGUAUACCAUGAUACAUCAAUGCUGGGUCUAUGCUCCAGUGGAAAGGCCACCUUUCAUCGCUAUAUUUGAUGGCAUCUCGUCGAGGACAUUAGGGGUGCACUCAAUAGUAACUUGGCUGAGUCAUUGUAACCAGGGAAGGUAUUUACCGCUGGAUAAAUGCCAUUCAGAGGAUCCUUACCUUGUAAACGACAAAACAAAUCACCCAUCCUUUAACGUCAACGUGACUGAUUACCGCAGCGCAAGAAAGGAAAAGUUAUACGAAGAACACUUACAUGGGGACGAUGGAGGUAAUGUGAUCCUCACUGACAAGCACCCCUUAGUUCGAGGAAGGAAAAACAAUGCAAAAGGUCUUCCCUUGAUUACAGGAGAUCCCCCUGCUAAAAUGUUUUACAGAAUCAGCGAAGGUAUCGCUGACGCCCAAAACGAGGUUAAUGUCGAAACUUCAUCCAUCUAUCCGCCUGGUUGUAAAGAGAUAUCACGAAAACAGAUAAUUGGUUUGCACGACAAACUAGAUGUAACUAGAUGCUUGAGAAAACGCCUCAGUGAAAUCGACUACGUAGGCAAUAGUACAGAAGGAUGCUUCAACGGAUACUGGGGAAAAGGCCUGGGUGAGGGUUUGGCGAAGAGUGAAGAUUUGGCAAGGGGUACGUCAUUAACUGCUUUCAAUUACGACCUGAAUGAGGCUUUGAUAAAGGGUUCGUCGAUAUCUGACAUCCACCAAGUAACAGACCUGUCUGGAGACUGGGGAAAAGGCCUGGCUGAGGAUUUGGCAAAGAGUAAGUCAUUUACUGCUUUCACCCUAACAGUCAACAGCGCCGACGGACACCUGUUUGGAGACUGGGGAAAAGGCCUUGGUGAGGGUUUGGCGAAGAGUACGUCAUUAACUGCUUUCACCCUAACAGUCAACAGCGUCGACGGAUACCUGCAUGGAGACUGGGGAAAAGGCCUUGGUGAGGGUUUGGCGAAGAGUACGUCAUUAACUGCUUUCACCCUAACAGUCAACAGCGUCGACGGAGACCUGUAUGGAGACUGGGGAAAAGGCCUGGGUGAGGGUUUGGCGAAGAGUACGUCAUUAACUGCUUUCACCCUAACAGUCAACAGCGUCGACGGAGACCUGCAUGGAGACUGGGGAAAAGGCCUGGGUGAGGGUUUGGCGAAGAGUACGUCAUUAACUGCUUUCGCCCUAACAGUCAACAGCGUCGACAAAUACCUGCAUGGAGACUGGGGAAAAGGCCUGGGUGAGGGUUUGGCGAAGAGUGCUUCACUAACUGCAUUCACCCUAAUAAUCAACAACGUUCGCCAAUACCCGCAUGGAGACUGGGGAAAAGGCCUGGGUGAGGGUUUGGCGAAGAGUACGUCAUUAACUGCUUUCACCCUAACAGUCAACAGCGUCUACAGAUACCUGCAUGGAGACUGGGGAAAAGGCCUGGGUGAGGGUUUGGCGAAGAGUACGUCAUUAACUGCUUUCACCCUAACAGUCAACAGCGUCGACGGAUACCCGCAUAGAGACUGGGGAAAAGGCCUGGGUGAGGGUUUGGCGAAGAGUGCUUCACUAACUGCAUUCACCCUAAUAAUCAAAAACGUUCGCAGAUACCCGCAUGGAGACUGGGGAAAAGGCCUGGGUGAGGGUUUGGCGAAGAGUGCUUCACUAACUGCAUUCACCCUAAUAAUCAAAAACGUUCGCAGAUACCCGCAUGGAGACUGGGGAAAAGGCCUGGGUGAGGGUUUGGCGAAGAGUACGUCAUUAACUGCUUUCACCCUAACAGUCAACAGCGUCGACAGACACCUGCAUGGAGACUGGGGAAAAGGCCUUGGUGAGGGUUUGGCGAAAAGUAUGUCAUUAACUGCUUUCACCCUAACAGUCAACAGCGUCGACGGAGACCUGUAUGGAGACUGGGGAAAAGGCCUGGUUGAGGGUUUGGCGAAGAGUACGUCAUUAACUGCUUUCACCCUAACAGUCAACAGCGUCGACAAAUACCUGCAUGGAGACUGGGGAAAAGGCCUGGGUGAGGGUUUGGCGAAGAGUGCUUCACUAACUGCAUUCACCCUUAUAAUCAACAACGUUCGCAGAUACCCGCAUGGAGACUGGGGAAAAGGCCUGGGUGAGGGUUUGGCGAAGAGUACGUCAUUAACUGCUUUCACCCUAACAGUCAACAGCGUCGACGGAGACCUGCAUGGAGACUGGGGAAAAGGCCUGGGUGAGGGUUUGGCGAAGA